UGUUGUUUCCUUUGUGCGUGUCGGUGCGGACCAACAAGAGUGAUUGAAUGGAUAUUGCCAGGGGCACGGACAAAUGGGAGAGGCCCGCAUCAUCCUCCAUGAUGCUGUCCAGUAAAAAGUCAGAUGCUGGCUCUUCCGCGGCGGCCUCCGCUUCCAACAUGGCGGCAGGAGCCGAGGGAGGAGCCCCAGGGGAGUCGCAGGGUGGCUCAGCCCCAACGGGGCCCUCAACCGCCGCCGCUUCAGCCCCGGGGCUCGCAGACGUGAAGAAGAAGGAGAGAGCGUCCCCAAGUGGGGAGCCGGGCGGUCCCCCAAUGCCUCACCCUGCUGCCGGUGGAGCCGGGUCGCAGGAGGAGGCCAGGAGGACCAGCCGGCGGAAGAAGAACAAAGUGGAAUAUCGCGAGAUGGAUGAGAGCCUGGCUAACCUCUCCGAGGACGAGUACUACUCCGAGGAGGAGCGCAACGCCAAGGCCGAGAAGGAGCGCAAGCAGGUCAUCCCCCCGCCCCCACCUCCCGUCGAGGAGGAGAACGACAGUGAGCCUGAGGAGCCCUCAGGUUUGGAGGGUGCGGCCUUCCAGAGCCGCCUCCCGAAUGAUCGCAUGACGUCACAGGAGGCCGCCUGUUUCCCAGACAUCAUCGCCGGCCCACAGCAGACGCAGAAAGUCUUCCUCUACAUCCGCAACCGCACGCUCCAGCUGUGGCUGGAUAACCCCAAAGUCCAGCUGACCUUCGAGGCCGCAGCACAGCAGUUGGAGGCCCCCUACAACAGUGACACGGUUCUGGUCCACAGAAUCCACAGCUACCUGGAGAGGCAAGGCCUGAUCAACUUUGGCAUCUUCAAGAGAGUCAAGCCCCUGCCAACUAAGAAGACAGGAAAGGUGAUCAUCAUCGGCGGAGGGGUGUCAGGCCUGGCUGCUGCUCGCCAGCUCCAGAGCUUUGGCAUGGACGUCACCGUGCUGGAGGCCAGGGAUCGCGUUGGUGGCAGAGUGGCCACCUUCCGCAAGGGGAACUAUGUGGCCGACCUUGGUGCAAUGGUGGUAACUGGACUGGGCGGGAACCCCAUGGCUGUGGUCAGCAAGCAGGUCAACAUGGAGCUGGCCAAGAUCAAGCAGAAAUGCCCACUGUACGAAGCCAAUGGCCAAGCAGGGGAACGCUGCACCAGUGUGCCCAAGGAGAAGGACGAGAUGGUGGAGCAGGAGUUCAACCGCCUGCUGGAGGCCACCUCCUACCUCAGCCACCAGCUGGACUUCAACUUCCUCAACAACAAGCCCGUGUCCCUGGGACAGGCUCUGGAGGUGGUCAUCCAGCUGCAGGAAAAGCAUGUGAAGGAUGAACAGAUCGAACACUGGAAGAAAAUAGUGAAGACUCAGGAAGAGCUUAAAGAGCUGCUCAACAAGAUGCUGGCCACUAAGGAGCGUGUGAAGGAGCUGCAUCAGCAGUACAAGGAGGCCAGCGAGGUCAAGCCUCCCAGAGACAUCACCGCCGAGUUCCUGGUCAAGAGCAAACACCGCGACCUCACCGCCCUCUGCAAGGAGUAUGAUGAGUUGGCAGAGAUGCAAGUGAAACUGGAGGAAAGACUUCAGGAGCUGGAGGCCAACCCCCCAAGUGAUGUGUACCUGUCAUCACGAGACCGGCAGAUUCUCGACUGGCACUUUGCCAACCUGGAGUUUGCCAACGCCACGCCCCUCUCCACCCUGUCACUCAAACACUGGGACCAGGAUGAUGACUUUGAGUUUACGGGGAGCCACCUGACGGUGCGUAAUGGCUACUCGUGUGUGCCGGUGGCCCUGGCCGAGGGGCUGGACAUCAAGCUCAACACAGCAGUGCGGCAGGUCCGCUACACCGCCUCAGGCUGUGAGGUGAUUGCGGUGAACACGCGCUCCACGACGCAGACGUUCAUCUACAAGUGUGACGCGGUGCUGUGCACGCUGCCGCUGGGGGUUCUCAAGCAGCAGCCGCCCGCCGUGCAGUUCGUCCCACCGCUGCCCGAGUGGAAAACGGCCGCCAUCCAGAGGAUGGGCUUUGGAAACCUCAAUAAGGUGGUGUUGUGCUUCGACCGGGUGUUCUGGGACCCCAGCGUGAACCUGUUUGGCCACGUGGGCAGCACCACGGCCAGCCGAGGAGAACUCUUCCUCUUCUGGAACCUCUACAAGGCACCCAUCCUGCUGGCGUUGAUGGCAGGCGAGGCGGCGGGCAUCAUGGAGAACAUCAGCGAUGACGUCAUAGUGGGCCGCUGCCUGGCCAUCCUCAAGGGCAUCUUUGGCAGCAGUGCCGUCCCUCAGCCCAAAGAGACAGUGGUGACGCGCUGGCGAGCUGACCCCUGGGCACGCGGAUCCUACUCCUACGUGGCGGCCGGUUCCUCCGGCAACGAUUAUGACCUCAUGGCCCAGCCAAUCACGCCAGGCCCUGCCAUCCCAGGAGCCUCACAGCCUGUGCCGCGGCUGUUCUUCGCAGGGGAGCACACCAUCCGUAACUACCCUGCCACGGUGCACGGGGCCCUCCUCAGCGGCCUCAGGGAAGCGGGGCGCAUCGCAGACCAGUUCCUGGGAGCCAUGUACACCAUGCCCCGACAGCCCACGCCCACCGCUAACCCCCAGCCUGCACCCAGCAUGUAAACUCUGUGUGUGUGUGUGUGUGUGUGUGUGUGUGUGUGUGUGUGUGUGUGUGUGUGUGUGUGUGUGUGUGUGUGUGUGUGUAUGUACUUGUAUGUGUGUACAUGUGUGCGUUUUUCGAGGGCGAUGGUACACCUUGCCCCAUCACUCUAGCAUGUAGUGGUGACACAACCAUGUUAUCAGAUUGGGAAAUGGGGUGAGUUUGUCCGUGUCCGUGUGUGUCCGUGUCCUCAGCAUGUAUCACUCCUCAGCCAUGUCAGGCAAAUUUAAGAUAAAAAUGGGGAAGUGUGUGUGCACACGUGCACACAUGCACAUGUGCACGCAUGAAAAGUGUGUGUGUGUGUGACCAUUGUGAGAGUGUUACAAAACGGUGCGUGUGUGUGUGAACUAGACCACAUCCCCUCUAUCCAGCCACUGGUCCAUCAGCUUAAAAGGGUCAAGAGGAACUCCUGAGCACCUGACCAGUGGUUUCUCAACAUCCCAGAGACUCUGAUGGGUUGGGUGUGAUUGGGGCCGGGGCCCGGGGGGGAAGUGUUGAUAUGUGAAACUAAAAGAAAAAGAAGAAGAAAGGAAAACAAAAGGGGGUUGUUGUUGUUGUUGUUUUUUUUUUAAUAUUUCACGGGAAUGUACAUUAUAGAGUCGCAUUAAUUGUUAUGAACUGAGGCGUGUUCACCCCUCCAGUGCAUACAGAUAAAAAAUAAUGUAGAUGAGGUGGGGACAUGGAAACCAGAAGGGGGGAAAUCCACCGGCCACUACCAAUUCAAGUGUGUGUGUGCGCGUGUGUGUGUGCGCGUGUGUGUGUGCAUGUGCGCGUGUGUGCGUGCGGUGUACGAGGAGAGCUGUGUUCUCUCCUUCUGCACUGAGUCUUCUCUCAAGGCCGUAGUGAAUUGUGUCCUUAUAGUGCAGCUAACUCUAGUUUGUCCAACUAUGUUAGGCUAUAAUGCAUAGAUGUAUACCUUGGUUGCAACUGUUUUGUUUUCAUUUGUUUUGUCAUUGUGAAGCAUUUUUUUAUAUUAUGGAAAGAAUUUGUUUAUUAAAAUAUGUAAUAAAUA